AUGGCUCUCGCACCCAAAUUCGCAGGCCAAAAGCUCGCCUCAGCAGCCGUCCAGCCCAAAGCCGUACACACACUGGAAAUCUACCUCGACUACACCUGCCCGUUCUCGGCCAAAAUGUUCAAAACACUGUACACCUCGCCGCUGCGCAAAUCACUACUGGGUACAUACGGCAACCGGCUAGUGACGAUAUUCCGGCAGCAGAUCCAGCCAUGGCACCCCGCGUCGACGCUGGUGCACGAGGCGGCGUACGCGGUGCAAAAAGUGGAUUCGACAAAGUUCUACGACUUCUCCGAGAAGGUGUUUGAGCAGCAAAAGGACUUUUUCGAUGUCAGUCUUGUCAAUGAGACGAGGAACCAGACGUAUAGGCGCUUGGCCAAGAUUGCGGGUAGUGUGGGCGUCGACGAGUCAAAGGUGUAUGGACUGCUUGAGAUUGGCGAUAAGCCGGGCGAGAAUGGGAGUUUGAAUGCGGGUAAUGGCGUCACGAAUGAUGUCAAGGUGCAGGUCAAGGCGAACCGCAUGACGGGCGUCCAUGUUACGCCGACGGUCGUGUUUGACGGCGUCGUGGCCAAUGAAAUUAGUAGUGGGUGGACGGUGGAGCAGUGGGAGGAGUGGUUGGCCAAGAGCGUGCAAUGA